CCCUAAACCCCUAAACCCGCGCCGUCUCUCUCUCUCUCGCUUCUCACGUCCACCGUCGACCAUGGCCAAAGAGAAAUUGAAGCCUCUUCCCUCCUCCGAUGGAGGUGAAAUCGCCGAGACUCCUCCCAGAGAGAAGAAGCAUAAGAAGAAUAAGAAGAACAGGAAGCGAUCUGAACCCGAUCCCGAUGUGCCUUCAACAAGAGAGACUCGUGAUUCCGGUAUUGAUGAAGAUAGAGAUGGAGGGGUAGUAGAGGAUGCUAAUAACGAGCCAACAAUGGGUGAAAAGUUUGAGAGUCUUAACCUAUUAGACAAAGAGAAACUUAGCAAUGAGGAGAGUAAUGAUAAGCCUCCUACUGCAGCCUCUGUUAAUGUUCUUUUGAGACAAGCUUUGCAUGCUGAUGAUCGGUCUCUUCUACUUGAUUGCUUGUACAACCGAGAUGAACAGGUGAUUGCUAACUCGGUUGCUAAGUUGAAUUCAGCAGAAGUACUCAAGCUUCUAAACUCUCUUUUACCAAUACUACAAUCAAGGGGGGCGGUUUUAGCUUGUGCGAUUCCGUGGAUAAAGUGUCUGUUACUUACUCAUUCCAGUGGGAUUAUGUCUCAAGAGUCAUCCUUGCUCGCUUUGAACUCCAUGUAUCAGCUCAUUGAAUCACGGGUAUCAAACCUUCACACUGCCGUUGAAGUUUCAAGCAGCUUAGACUUGAUUGUGGACGAUUUGGAUGAGGAAGAAGAAGAUGAAGGUCCCGUGAUCUAUGAGGACAAGGACACUGAUGAUGAAGAAGGAGAAGGACCAGAUGAAGCAAUGGAAACAGAUGAAGAGGCAGACGAAUCAGAGGAUGAAGCAGCUGAUGGUGUCAAUGAAUUUGAAGAUUUUGACGACAUGAGCGAUUGAGAAGACUCCUGAAACGGAAAAAAAGUUUUGAUUUGUGUAAGGCUUAUUGAUUGUUAGAUGCUUAAGAGUGAGUUUAAAAGGUGCAGUCAACAAGUCUCCUCAUGUAAUGGUUGUAUUGACAAAGAGUUUUGUUUUUUACAUUAAAAAGAAAUUGACGUGAAUAUGGGAAGGUAAAUGUAAAUAUGGUUG